ACUGGACUGAUUAAAAAAAAAUCAACAAUUUUUUUAAAAUCAUGAAUGAAAGUUUUAUUGUUAAAUGAAAUAGUUUUGAAGAGAAUAAGUCAUGGGACAGAUAUGUUAACGAUGGAAUGCAAUGUGCCACAAUAGCCACACAAAUGUGUAUAAAAAUGUCUUGCCAAGGAAAGUCCCAACAUGGACAACCAUCCUCAAAACGGGAAUGUCCGUCUCGUUCAGCCUGUGGGGGACUGUAGUCCGGUGUCCCUCCUCCUCAUUUCCUGUUGCAUGCCUACACACGCAAGUCCUAGUUCCUCUUCACCUUGGCUAGGUUCUCCUGACGCCUCAGCUUCUUCUUCUGUUCCUUGUCACGGGCCUCAAUCAUCUUGGCCAGUUUCCACGACAACAGGGCACUGGCAAAGAGAAGGGGCGUGAGGGCCAGGAUGACAGUCGUCAGUAAGCCGUAGGGGUCUUUGGCAGCCCACUCCACCACAUACUCUGCCCAUGCUCUUAUGUCAAUCAUGGUGAUCAGCGGUGGUGGAAAUAAUCACACCUGAAAGCUAGAAAAAAAGUAUGACAAUAUCACACCAUCGUAGGAGUAUAUGCAAGUGGUUCAUGUAUGAUAGCAAUGUAAUAGUAGCUAUUGUUUACAUGGUCCGCCAUCUUUGCUUGGCACACUAGCAGCACGAGCCACAACAACAAAACAAACAAUAAAAUCGACACAAAUUCGAACUAAAAACACACAGACGUAAACAACGUAUUUGGACUAAUGUGCGCUAGUAAAAUCAACGUCACACCUCUGGAACUACACCGAACAAAACAUUUUACGGACUCGUCUUCGUUUACGGAGGCGAUCGCUACUUGUUGAACUACAAAGCAUUUAAACGCACCGCGUAGCUAACCAUGCUAGCCCCCGUCACGGUACAAAAACACCAAAAAUCGAUUCAAAAUAUCCCCACGUCCGGAUGAAUAAUGACUUACAUGCCUUCAUCUGCUGCUGAUAUCAGACGUGAAGUUUCGAGGGGAAAAGGACGAGGGAUUAAGCAACACCGUUUACAAGGAUUAGCAUAGUUGGCUAACUAGCAUCCGAAUAACGGUCUAACUUUAUGAACAAGAAGCACGACAACAAAACAAGAGAGUAAAUAAAGUUCAAAGUCCUUCAUGGAGCCAAGUCUGGACAACCAACAUCAUGCUGUUACUGAAGCUCAGGCUCCACUGGAGGAGAAAACUUAAGAAAGAAGACGCAGAAGAAAAAAGUCCACUUUCUUGCCCCCCUUUUGGCCCUGUGGGAACCAGCAAGACCGCCCCUGGAUUAAGUCUCCGCCUUUAAACUCAAAUAAGUGGGAACUUCAAAGGCCGUCGGGCGCCGUAGCCCCGCCCCUCCGCGGCUUCACAAAGGAUUUGCCGACGUUCGGGAAUUCCGCCUCCACUUCCUUUUAUAGGGCCGCUCGUGCGCUGGCAGAGCGCCAAGACCACGCCCACCGCGGCUACUUUCCCAACACAAAGGAUCCCGCGAAACUCCCAAGCUCCGCCUACCUCACCACAUAAGGACAGCGUGCCCAUGUAGGGCAAACAAUCGGCGCCAGAUUGCCCUUUUCUCUUCCUCAUCCAGUUAUAUGAUCGGAGAGGCUCGGCGAGGCAGGUUGGAAGCGGUGCGAACAUGGCCGAGCGAGUCCAGCAGCCUCCAGCCAAGCGGCUCUGCUGCCGGCCCGGCUACAACCCGGCGUGCAGACAAGGGCAGCGGGCUGGAGGAGUCCUGUGUGGCGGCGGCUCGGGCUCCGCUCCGGGAGCGUCGGGGCAAAGCGGCAAGGCGCACAACCCGGAGUCGCUGCUCGACAUCGCGGCUCGCAGGGUAGCCGAGAAGUGGCCCUUCCAGCGGGUGGAGGAGCGCUUCGAGAGGAUCCCGGAGCCCGUCCAGCGCCGGAUCGUAUACUGGUCGUUUCCGAGAAGCGAGAAGGAGAUCUGUAUGUACUCGUCUUUCAACGCCGGGGCCGAGGAGAGUGGAACUAGCGGGGACAAUAAUGACGAGACCCAACUGCCUUUCCUGCGAGGUGUCACUCUGCUGGAGGGUGGUUGGGUGGACAACGUAUUGCAAGUCGGUUUCCACCUCAGCGGCACAGUAACGGACCCCGCCACGCCCUCCACUCCGGAACUUGUAUGCAGCGUCAGCGUUAGCUUCGACCGCUGCAAGAUCACGGCGGUAACGUGCACGUGCGGCAACAAGGACAUCUUCUACUGCGCCCACGUGGUGGCACUGUCACUUUACCGGGUACGCAAGCCCGAGCAGGUCAAAUUGCACCUGCCCAUUUCGGAAACCUUGUUCCAGAUGAGCAGGGACCAGCUGCAGAAGUUUGUGCAGUAUCUCAUCUCAGUACACCACACCGAGGUUUUGCCCACGGCGCAGAAAUUGGCAGAUGAGAUCCUGUCGCAGAACUCGGAGAUCAACCAGGUCCAUGGUGCCCCGGACCCUACAGCAGGUGCCAGCGUGGAUGACGAGAAUUGCUGGCAUCUGGAUGAAGAGCAGGUUCAGGAGCAAGUCAAGCUCUUUCUGUCACAGGGAGGAUACCACGGCUCGGGCAAGCAGCUCAACCUGCUCUUCAGCAAGGUGAGAGAGAUGCUGAAGAUGCGUGACUCCAACGGAGCGAGGAUGUUAACACUGAUCACAGAACAGUUCAUGGCCGACCCUCGGCUGGCGCUGUGGAGACAGCAAGGCACCACCAUGACAGACAAGUACAGACAACUCUGGGACGAGCUGGGUGCCCUGUGGAUGUGCAUUGUACUGAACCCACACUGCAAGGCGGAGCAGAAGUCGUCGUGGUUGCGGCAGCUGCGCAGGUGGAACAGCGUGGACGUGUGCCCCUGGGAGGAUGGAAACCACGGCAACGAGCUGCCCAACCUCACCCACUCGCUGCCUCAGGGUGCCCAUGGCAACCAAGAGAUGCGACCCCACAGGACUGUGUUCACACGGGCCAUCGAGGCCUGUGACCUGCACUGGCAGGACAGACACCUGCAGCACAUAAUUGACAGCGACCUCUACGCCAACUACUGUUACCACGACAACCAGGAGGGCUCCCUCUUUGACUCGCGCGGCUGGCCCUUGUGGCACGAGCACGUCCCCACAGCCUGCGCCAGGGUGGAUGCGCUGCGUUCCCACGGUUACCCCCGAGAAGCCCUUCGACUGGCCAUCGCCGUGGUGAACACAUUACGCCGGCAACAGCAGCGGCAACUGGAGCACUUCCGCAGGCACAAGAAAGAGUUGCUCCACAAGGGCCACACUUCCAUCACCAACAUGGAGGGCUGGGUGGGACACCCCUUGGAUCCCAUCGGCACUCUCUUCAGCACCUUGACCGAGUCGGGACGAGUGGGGGAGGAGGGAUCCAAUACCUGUUUGGACCUCUCAGACUGCUCCAGUGUGGUGACACGAGCGGACCUCCAGCGACUGCCCGUGCAGAGACUGCUAGGCGACGGUGAAUCGUAUGUGGCGCUGGCGGUGGAGACGGCUCUGAUUGGCCUGGGCCAGCAGCGGGUGAUGCCGGAUGGGCUGUAUGCUCAGGAGAAGGUGUGCCGCAACGAGGAGCAGUUGUUGGCCAAGCUUCAGGAAGUGGAACUGGACGACUCGCUGGUGAAGAUCUUCCGCAAGCAGGCCGUCUUUCUGCUGGAAGCUGGCCCGUACUCUGGCCUUGGAGAGAUCGUCCACAGAGAGAGUGUUCCCAUGCACACGUUUGCCCGUUAUCUCUUCACCUCCCUCCUACCUCAUGACGCUGAACUGGCGUACAAAAUUGCACUGAGAGCGAUGCGGUUGCCCGUAUUGGAGUCGACAGCGUCAUCCGGGGACCUGUCAAGGCCUCACCACAUUGUGUCGGUGGUGCCCAACCGCUACCCGCGCUGGUUCACCCUCAGCCACAUCGAGUCUCAGCAGUGUGAGCUGGCAUCCACCAUGCUCACCGCAGCCAAAGGUGACAGUCGCAGGCUGGAAACAGUCCUGGAGUCUAUCCAGAAAAACAUCCACUCCUCGUCUCACAUCUUCAAACUGGCGCAGGACGCGUUCAAGAUCGCCACUCUGAUGGACAGUCUGCCUGACAUCACGCUGCUAAAAGUCGCCCUGGAGCUCGGACUGCAGGUGAUGAGAAUAACACUGUCCACGUUAAACUGGAGGCGACGGGAAAUGGUGCGCUGGUUAGUCACAUGUGCCACUGAAGUUGGAGUGUACGCCUUGGACAGCAUCAUGCAGAGCUGGUUCACCCUCUUCACCCCCACCGAGGCCACCAGCAUCGUGGCCACCACCGUCAUGUCCAACAGCACCAUCGUGCGCCUGCACCUGGACUGCCACCAGCAGGAGAACCUGGCGUCGUCGGCCCGCACCCUGGCCCUGCAGUGCGCCAUGAAGGACCCCCAGAACUGCGCCCUGUCAGCCCUCACCCUCUGCGAAAAGGACCACAUUGCCUUCGAGACAGCCUACCAGAUUGUACUGGACGCCGCCGCCACGGGGAUGAGUUACACGCAGCUGUUCACAAUCGCGCGCUACAUGGAGCACCGCGGCUACCCCAUGCGGGCGUACAAGCUGGCCACGCUGGCCAUGGCCCACCUGAACCUCAGCUACAACCAGGACACGCACCCCGCCAUCAACGACGUGCUGUGGGCCUGCGCACUCAGCCACUCUUUGGGCAAGAACGAGCUGGCCGCCGUCAUCCCCCUGGUGGUGAAGAGCGUGAAGUGCGCCACGGUGCUCUCAGACAUUUUGCGGCGGUGCACGCUGACCACGCCGGGCAUGGUGUCGGCGCUGCACAGCCGCAGGAACUCCGGUAAGCUGAUGUCGCUGGACAAGGCGCCGCUCAGGCAGCUGCUGGACGCCACCAUCGGGGCCUACAUUAACACCACGCACUCGCGCCUCACGCACAUCAGCCCGCGGCACUACAGCGAAUUCAUCGAGUUCCUGGGCAAGGCGCGCGAGACGUUCAUGAUGGCGCAUGACGGACACAUCCAGUUCACACAGUUCAUAGACAACCUGAAACAGAUCUACAAGGGCAAAAAGAAACUCAUGAUGCUGGUCAGGGAGCGCUUUGGCUGAGCUCGCACUCUAGUACUUUCCUAUUAAGUAUGCCUUUUGAACUUCCUUUGGACUUCACGUGAAAAGAGGACGUAGAAAAAAAAAACUCAGAGCCACACACGGUAUUAUUGUUCUUGCUGUUGUUAUCGUUAUAAACAUUAUUACUAUUAUUAUUAUUAAUAAUAAUAAUAUUACUACUAUGUGUACAGGCGUGUUUUUAUUUUUCACAAGAGAGGAAAUUCGUCACGUUGUGAAUGUUGUGCAUACUUCUCUACAUGUGUAUGUAAGGAAAAUGAAAUCGUUUUUUGUUUUUUUUAUGAUUUGAAACAUCUUUUCUUUCUCCAAGUGGCUGAAGGCCUUCUACAAGUACACUCGUGUUAAAAACAAACAACAACAAAACUGCAUCAAAGAGAAGAGAUACUUAAAGGCUUUUUAAAAAAAACAGAGCACCUCCCUGUUUGGCCCCCGGGGUUCCACCAGGGGGCGGCAGACAGCACUGCACAGCUUGGCUAAGCCCCAAAAGCCACCGUCGGCAUUUUUUUGUUUUUGUUCGGACAUCAGCACUUGAACAGCAAUGAGUUAGCUCUUAGAACCGAUACACACACACAACAAUGCUCUUAGUAACCACCUGUGAUAAUGUGAUGCAUGCGGCUAUCGCCAUCCAUUAGAUAUCAAUACCACCUGGAUUAUAGUAUACACUCACUGGACAAAAUAUUAGGUACACCUGCAAUACAAGAGCUGUACCAAAAACCUGCCUUUAUAAAGAUUGACACGGUCAGAUGCAUUCAACAUUAUGUAACAAUGUUUAUCAUUGUGGUUGGAUACUACCAUUCGCCACUGAAUAUUUGUAGGAUUGAAAAAAAAAACCUGAAUAUGGAGAUAUAUGCUUGUCAUCGGGCAGUGGCGAUAUAACAUGAACAUGAAUAAUACUUAACUUACUACUUAAAAACGUAACACUAUGGUUUAUUAUUAUUAUUAUUAUUAGGGAUGUCCGAUAAUUAUCGGCCCGAUGUCAGUAUCAAAAUGGGAUCAAUAUCAGAUUUUUUUCUCCCGGAUCAUGAAAACCAACAUUUAAAAUGUGUUCAUUCCACCACAGGGGAUAUAUCAUGUUACACCUAUCGGCGGUGUGGCUGGUAUCGAUAUCGGAAAUUGAGAGUUGGACAAUAUCGGCUGUCAGCAAAAAAGCCAAUAUCGCACAUCCCUAAUUAUUACAUAUUGAAAAAUAUUGAACUAUAUAUGAUGACGAUACAUAAGUUAUGUUACCUAUCAACAAAAAGUAAGUCAAAAGUAAAAAUUAUGGUUAGGAACCAAAUCACAAAACGUAAAGAUGCAUAUUUGCUGUUUGAUUGGAUAAGAAAGUGAGUCGUAUCUCCAAGUUCCAUCCAUCCACUUUCCAUGCCGCUUAUCCUCACUCGGCUCACGGGUGUAUGCCGGAGCCUAUCCCAGCUGACUUUGCACAAGAGGCAGGGAACACACUGACUCACAUUCAUACCUAUGGACAAUUUGGAGUCACCAAUGUUUUUUUGGUACAUGGUGAGAACAUGCAACUCCACACAGAUAUGCCCAAGCAGAGAUUCGAACCCAGGUCUUCCCGAUCUCCCAACUGAGUAGCCAACAUGCUAAUCACUAACCAACAAGCGAUACAUUUUUUUUUCUUCCAAAAAUGAGUGCCAUCACCGACAGGAAGUCAACCAUAUUGACUUAGAAUGGCUCUCCUAUUGUUAUUUGUGACGCCCAAUGAAAACUGAGCAUAAUUACCGUUGUAAGAUGUGUGUUGGAUGUCAUUAGGUUUAGUGCAGGUGUACCUAAUGAAGUGGGUGUAGUAACAUGAACGAAAUGGCUGCUACCUCAUGACGCAGGGUGGAAUCUGUGCUGUCAUCAGUGUUCGUCAAUCUAAGGUGGGUGGGGAGGGGGUCCACUGUUGGCCAUCUGACGAUGCAUCACUCCCAUCUCAUUUCUGCCAUUAUUACACCCCCACCCCCUCCCGCCCCAAAACAGGCCAGUGUCAUUGCCCCCGCCCCCUUUCUGUGUGUCAUAGCAAUGACACUUUCUACUGUUGAAAUCUUCACUAAUUGUCCACCGGAACGUUCUCAGGGAUUUUUCUUCACCACAAGGGGAAAAAAAAAGGCGGAACAAAAUGACUGACUGCAGGAAAAUGACAAAAAAAAAAACAUGACAUGAGCGAGCAUUUAUUGUACUCUGUAUAUAUACACCAUAGUAUAUGUCUGAAUAUGGAGGAUCUGAAAGUAUAUGUUGACUAAUUUAUACAGAGUAUUCUAUGUAAUGUGAAAUACUUGAAGCCGCUGUAGUUUGCUCUCUCUCUCUCUCUCUCUCUCUCUCUCUCUCUCUCUCUCUCGCUCGCUUUCUUUUGUUUUUGUCAUGUGAUGGAACAUAUCAGGAGGUCUCAUGUUUGGAGGGGAAAUGUGUCACUUCACUUCAGAGGAGGGAUGCUACAAUGCGACGUCGACUGGGGCCAGUAAGACAUAAUGCGCUUUAACCAGUUUAGGUUAAUUGAUCAUCCCGCUGCAGUAUAACACUCCUAAUCUUCAUAUCUGUCAUCAAGCAGUCUAAGGAGGACGUUUUCUACUUUUUCUUUUUUGUCUCCACAACAACAACAAAAGUGCAGCCUUUUUUCUCUUGCCUUGUCUUCUUAACGCUUUAAAAAUAACCAAACAGGAAGUUGAGUCUAACAACCAAACUCGUUCAAGGAGGUGAGCGACGACCCACCUCGGUCCAGCUUUAGUGUCCUUAAUUAGUAAAGCGAAUGGCUGUGUUGAUAACUCUUCUUGCUUUAAACAACAAAGCAAACUCCUCACGUGUGUCUGCUGGUGGCUUAAAAAAAAACAAACAAAAAAAAGUACAUAUGUUGGUCAUGUCCAGUGUCUCUCAACAAUUUCCUCUUGUCUUUUUAGCUGUUUUUGUUUGUGUAGGAAGCGCUCCUCUUUUUAUUUAUUACGACGACCCAUGUAUACAUGCUUAUGAAAUUCAAAUUUGAUACACCGAUAUCAAUUUAUUUAUGUAACUAAAUCACUGUUUUAUAAUCUUGUUAAUGAGUCGAUAAUUGAUUUUGUUUUUGUUAAAUUU